ACAUCAAACCCAUCGGGGAGAGAGUGAUGCCAAUCCCAGAGUACGACAACCCUCCGAAGCACCUAUUGCCGUUGACGCAGACGACUGGUCCCAGGGUCAAAGGGCCACGAGCCCUAUCUCCGCCGGAAACAAAGUUGCUCAACAGAAUGAGACAAGGUUUCGAUCCGUUGUCGAGUACCACUACCAUUCCCACAGACAUAUCCAUGGGCGCGCGCCGUCUCGAAAGGCCACUCCGCGUGGCCGUAAGACCUCAGCCGCCCGAUCAAUGGAUGUUGAACCGUGGCCAACGUGGUUUCCGCCUGAAACCACCUCCUCCCGGCGACACAGACAUUAUCAUGAACACUACCACGAAUAUGAAUGCCGAUGCCAUCAUGUCAAUCCCAAUGCCAAGGAUCAGGCCCAGGGAAAUGGGCCGACCCCCCUUGCUCACGAGAGCCGAAGGGAUGUACGUCGUGCCCAGAAUGGGGCCACCAACGGCUCGGUCAGAGUUGACAGACCCAAAGCUUCAAUGGCUACGGAUGCCAUCGGCCGUGGAGAAAAUCGCAGGAGAAGGUUGCCUCAUGCCGGAGACGAACCUCAUGCCGAAGCCUUUGAAACCACGCCUACAACCCUUCCAAGGACCCAUAACGUUCAACGACGUACCACCCGACCGCACAGAAAUGAGCUCCAGCGAUCUUGGCCUGAUGAGGAGAUGCAGCCAUUGCAAUCAUGGAUUCGUGGACGCCAAGCUUCACAAUACAGAUAGUGUCAUCCCUACAUCCGCCCCCCAGAAGGACUUCGACAAAGCAAACGUGGGUACUAAAGCUUUGCAUCCCAAAGGAAGCCCACUUCCAGAACUACCCCAGGAUACAGCUGCGCAAGAAAACAUAGAAAUUCAACGCAAGAUAACGAGCCACAUGCAACAGAACGUCGAUGUCGUCGAUGAGCGUGAUCAUACCAUCUGCUGCCCCGAAUGCUGCAAACUCGAUUGUCAUGAAGGUUGUCUCGGUCAUCCCAGCCCAACAUGGGCAUCUAAUUCUAUUGAGAACCUCUGGUCAGAAGUCCCAAGUUCAACCAGUUCUAGUGAACCAGAAACGCAAGCAGACAUAAGGGAUAAAAAGGCUCAGGAGAGGAGCAAGACCACGCGGCUGGCUGCCGUCAAGACUGUACAGAAGAAGUCGCACAAGGUAGAGGCACCCAAGCCCGGCAAUCAUAUUCAAGCAGCUUUGUCCAAGGCUGCCUCUGUUGAGUUGACAAUGCAACCCCUGACAUCAGUCAUAGACCCCCGUUGCGACUCAAUCAAACGGCUGCCUGACGCAGUAGCUGCAGCAUUGAGCGCGAUGGAAGCGCCAUCGCAGAAAGAAACGAAAGAGACAUUGGCAGCAGCAUUUAGUGCCACCGGGCCAUCACAACGAAAAGGUGCUGCGGCUCGCCCCACUAUGCACAGAAGACAGAGAAGUUCAAGCUUACCCAUUAUCGGGACCGGCAUCCCUUUACGCAUUGGCAGCGAAAGGGCCCGAUAUCACCGCGCCGCGAGCGGAGGGUCUCGGGUCCGCGUUCCAACACCUCUUGGCUCCGCGAUCUCCUGCUUCAACUCCGGUAAGGAUGGUUCGACCAAAAGACGCAAUCUCAGCGGCGCGAGCGUCACGACCAUCGACCUGCAAGUCCCGAGUCUUUUGUCCCUAGCCUCUUGUAGCAGUUAUGCUGCAAUUGGCGAUGUGCUUCUCAUACCCCUUGAAGCCGGCAAGAUGUGGGUUCGCAAUCACCCUCAAGUUCUUCCCUUGGGGAAAAAACUGGCUCAGAGAGGCUGGGUCAUGGCCCAACUCAUGAUGAGGACGGGAUGGCGUCUGUGGGCGAUGGUAUUUGUGUACUCCAAGACCGGGAAGAUCAAGCUUCGCCUUGAUAAAGGGGAGACGGCUGGUGGAUUUGUGCUGGAUGUGGGGAGGAGUCUGCUUUAUUUGAUUGUCUUUGCCGCGUUGAGUACGUUAGCCCUCCGGCUGUUGGGGCUGGUGCUAGGGUUAUUGGGGAUUCUUGGGUGGAUUGUAAGAACUGUGUUUUGGGUGUUGAAGGCUAUUUUGGGGGCUGGUCAGGUGAAGUAGAGGGUAAUGCGAGAGUAACAGACAAUGGAGGAGUAUGAGGAAGGGUUGUCGAAAUGCUGCUGGUGGGGGAACAUCAUUAUCCGAGAAGCACAAUGCUAAAUAGAUAUAGUUAGUUUAGAUCGAGCAAUAGGAUAU